AUGUCUUUGGUAGGAAAAGUUGCUCUAAUUACCGGUGGUACCAAAAACCUAGGCAGGCUCACUGCAAUUGAGCUAGCUUCUAAGCAUAAGGCAAACCUGUUUCUACACUACAAUUCAACCCAAGGGGAUGAAAAAAAACUCGCAAAUGAACUCUCGAGUAAGUAUAACGUAAAGGUCGAGCUUUACCAAGGUAAUUUGGGGUCAGCAAGAAAUGUUGAAAAGUUGUUUGAAGCUGCAAAGGCCAAAUUUGGCUCAAUUGACAUCGCCAUUAACAACGUAGGUAAGGUUCUUAAAAAGCCUAUGGUAGAAGUGACAGAGGAAGAAUUUGACGAAAUGGACCUUGUCAAUAACAAAAUAGCAUUUUUCUUUAUUGCUCAAGCUACCAAGCAUGUCAGCUCUGGAGGUAGCAUCAUAUCUUUGGUAACAUCCUUACUGGCCGCGUAUACACCAUUUUACGCUGUGUAUCAGGGAACAAAGAGCGCCGUCGAGUUUUACACAAAAAGCGCGUCAAAAGAGCUUAUUGGAAAACGUGUUUCAGUUAACUGUAUUGCUCCAGGUCCCAUGGACACUCCUUUCUUUUACGCUCAAGAACAGCCUGAGGCAGUGGAAUUUUAUAAAUCAGUUUCAUUUGACAAUAGGUUAACGAAGAUUGAAGACAUUGCACCAAUUGUGGGGUUUUUAGCCACGAGUGGUAGUUGGAUGACUGGCCAAACACUGUAUGCCUCGGGUGGUAUGACUGCCCGUUGA